AUGCCUUGCGACUCAGCUCACACUGACACUAUCCCUAAGGGUGACACUCCACCAAACACAACCGAAACGACGAUGUUAGAGCCCUACAUUCACGAUACAUCCUCUCUUCAGGAUCGCCUACUGAUGAGGUCCAUGGCUGAGGAUAACAAGGCAACUGGAAAUGGGGCCGGUUAUUCAGGACCAAAAGGUUCGAAGCUAUAA